AUGUGUGGCAUUUUCUUAAGGAUUACAAGUAUUCAUGAGGAUUCUAAAGAGGAUUAUGAUGAUAUUAUUGAAUUGGUUAAUGUUCGUGGCCCAGAUAGAUCUAAUACAAUAGAAGUUAUUAUGAAAGAAGUAAAAUUAAAAAUAAGUAGCUCAGUGCUACAUUUGAGAGGAAAAGGACCAGCAACAUUGCAACCUAUUGAGAAUGAUAGAGGUGAUUUGCUUUGUUGGAAUGGAGAAGUUUGGAAUGGAUUAGGAAUAAAGUUUAAUGAUAAUGAUACAAUUCAAGUGAUGAAUGCAUUAUCGAGGCCAUUUAGUGAUGUGAUUGAUAUUAUAAGAGAAAUAGAAGGUCCAUAUGCAUUUAUUUUUAUUGAAAAAAGCAAAGAAAGGUUAUGGUAUGGAAGAGAUUGUUUAGGAAGAAGGUCUCUUUUAAAAAAAACAUCUACAGGGAUUAAUGAUUCAUUUUGUUUUUUACUAUCUAGUGUAUCUAAUGGAGAUCCUUCAUGGGAAGAAGUUUUUGCAGAUGGUCUAUAUUUUGUUGAUUUAAGUCAGAUUUCAGAAAAUAAGACAUAUCCUUAUCCUCGAAUAAAUACAUCUCUUGAGCCUGUUUCAACAGAAGAUUUUGAUUUGUAUGUGGAUGAAUUUUAUAAUGUUUUGAAGCAAGCACUAUAUAUUAGGACUGUAUCUAUAUUGUCUACAUCAACAGAUCAACCUCGUCUAGCUAUACUUUAUUCUGGUGGGCUUGAUUCAUCUGUUUUAGCGAGAAUCAUACAUGAAAUAUUGCCAGUAAAUGAGCCAGUGGACUUGUUAAAUGUAGCCUUUGAAAAUUUACAAGUUUCUGCACAAAAAACAGAUUCUAUUGAUUUAGAUGAUAUUUAUAAUUGCCCUGAUAGGAUAACAGGAAUCAAUGCAUAUAAAGAGCUAUGCGAAGUAACUGGAAAUAAAAGACCAUGGAGAUUUGUUCAAAUUAAUGUUCCAUACUUUGAAUCAAACGAUCACAAAACAAUAAUAAUGAAAUUGAUGCAUCCAAAUGAUACUGUUAUGGAUUUAAGCAUUGCAAUGGCUUUUUAUUUUGCUUCACGAGGAUGUGGACUAUUGAAAUGCACAGAUGGUUCUUUAUUAGAAUAUAAUUCUGUUUCAAAAGUUUUGAUUAGAGCAGAUGAGCAACUUGGGGGAUAUUCCCGAUAUUUAACAAGAUAUAUUAAAGGAGGAUGGCCUGAUGUAAUUGAUGAACUUUCUUGUAAUAUUUCAAGAUUAUCGUAUCGUAAUUUGGGUAGAGAUGAUAGAAUUGUAUCUCAUCAUGGCAAAGAAAUAAGAUAUCCAUAUCUCGAUGAAAAUGUUAUAAGAUUCUUAUCUAAAUUGCCUGUACAAGGGAAAAUGAAUUUUAAUAUAGAAAAUGGUGAAAAACUUUUAUUAAGAAAACUAUCUCAAAAGCUUGGCUUGAUAUACUCUAGUAAAGAAAAAAAAAGAGCUAUUCAAUUUGGAAGUAGAAGUGCAAAAAUGCAAAUAAGUAAUAAAAAAAUUAGUGGAACAGAUAAAUUGGAAAAAGAUUAA